AGCUGUCCCUUUAGGCUCCACCCCAUGUAUGGAUUUACAUUUUCAGGUGAUCAGAAUAUGUUACAGAAAUUUGCUUAAAAAAUAAUAAUAAUUAAAAAAAAACUUCUCUUUAAUAAAAGUCAGGAAGGGGAGUCAAGUAACGUAAAAAGUUUAUUAAAUCUAUUUAAGUGAAUGGACAUAAACUUUAAAUGGUAACCUGAUGAUUUGGGGGUGUCAACUAUCCAACCCCACCUCCUACAACAAGCCCCAGCCUGAGGCUGACACCUCCUCUCCAGCUCCGGCUCCCUCUCUCGGCUGCAGCCGCUCUCUCCACCGCUCGGCCCGGACGUUUCCCACCAUGGAGCUCCGCUCCGCGCUGUUCCUCCUCUGCCUCGCCGCGCCGCUCUGCAGGUCGGACUUCAGCUCCGGGACCCCCCUGGAGCCCUAUGACUUCCUCUUCGACACGGCCGUGGAAGCCUACUACAGGGGGGACUGGCUGUCGGUCAUCCUGAACAUGGAGAAGGCGCUCAGGAACAAAGCCACGGUCCGGAAAGUGAAGGCUGACUGCCGGCUAAGCUGCGCUAACCAGACCGCUUACGGGGAGCCGUUAGCCGGGUUGGGAGUUCCCGUUCCCGGGGUGGGCUCCGUGGAGGAUCUGGGCUUUUUCCAGAAAGUCAUUAAACGGGCUGACUGCGUCAACUCCUGCGAGACCGAGAAGCUCGGCUCGCCAACUUUGCAUCUCGUCAGCCAGGAAGUGGAGCUGGAGUUCAAGAAGAGGACCCCCUACAACUACCUCCAAGUCGCCUAUUUCAAGAUCAAUAAACUGGACAAGGCAGUGGCGGCUGCCAACACGUUCUUUCUGGCCAACCCGGACCACGUGGAAAUGAAACAGAACCUCGACUACUACAGGAUGAUGGCAGGAGUCCAGGAGGAGGACUUCAGAGAUUUGGAGGCGAGCCCCCACAUGGCUGAGUUUCUGCUGGGGAAAAAGUACUACAGCGACGACUCGUUUGGCCUGGCGGCUGGGCACUUUGAAGCAGCUCUGAAUGAAUACUUCACAGCUGAUAAGGAGUGCAGAGUUCUGUGUGAGGGAGCUUACCGCUACGAUGGAUACAACUACAUGGAGUACAGUGCAGACCUGUUCCAGACCAUGACAGACCACUACAUACAGGCCUUGAACUGUAAGCAGCACUGCACCGUGGAACUGGCCUCAGCUCCUGGCAAAGACAAACCCUUUGAAGACUUUCUACCUUCACACUUCAACUACCUGCAGUUUUCCUACUACAACAGUGAAAAGUAUGAGAAGGCAAUAGAGUGCGCUAAGACUUUCCUGCUCUUCCACCCUGAUGAUGAAGUGAUGAACCAGAACCUGAAUUAUUAUUCUGCUGUGCUGGGCGAAGACAAGGCAAAAACCAUAACAGCCCGACAGGUGGUCAAGCAGCACAUCCAGCAGUCCCUACUGGAGAAGGAGCUGCUCUACUUUGGCUACGAAGCCUUUGGGAUCACCUUUGUAGAUCCGGACUCAUGGACGCCUGAGGAAAUCAUGCCAAAGAAGUUAAGAGACAAACAAAAGGCGGAUAGAGAAACUGCAGCUCGCAUCACUGAGGAAAUAGGAAACCUGAUGAAGGAGAUUGAGACUUUAGUGGAAGAGAAGAAGAAGGACUCUUCAGAAAUGGCCAAGAUAAUUGUUCCGCAGGAAGCAGGGGGCGCUGUGUUGUAUGACGACAUCAAGGUGACCAUGACGUCGAAGCAGCUGAACGGCUCUCAGCGGGUGCUGCUGGACAAAGUGAUCAGCGAUGAUGAAUGCAGGGAGCUGCAGCGCCUCUCCAAUGCAGCUGCUCUGAAAGGUGACGGCUACAGGGGGCGCCCUUCUCCACACACGCCCAGUGAGAUGUUCCAGGGGGUCACUGUCCUGAAGGCCGUCAAGUUCGGACAGGAAGGGAAGGUUCCUCUGAAGAGCAGCCGCCUCUUCUUCGACAGCAGCGAGAAAGUCCGGAAGGUGUUGGAGUCGUACUUUCGCCUGGAAACACCGCUCUACUUCUCUUACUCUCACUUGGUGUGCCGGUCUGCCAUCGAUGAGAAGCAGGAAGGCCGAUCGGACCUGAGCCACCCUGUUCAUGUGGACAACUGUGUGCUGGUGUCUGAAGUCAAUGAAUGUAUAAAAGAACCUCCGGCGUACACACACAGAGACUACAGUGCCAUCCUGUAUCUGAAUGACGACUUUGAGGGGGGAGAAUUUAUUUUUACUGAACUGGACGCCAAAACUGUCACGGCUGAGGUGCGCCCACAGUGCGGCCGUGUCGUCGGUUUUGGAGCCGGGAAAGAAAACCCUCAUGGUGUCAAAGCCGUCACCAAAGGUCAAAGGUGUGCAGUCGCGCUGUGGUUUACUCUGAAUCCUUCUCACGAGGAAAAGGAGAGAAUUCAGGCUCAGGAGUUGCUGAAGAUGUUUUCCACUCCUGUGAAUGCAGAGUUCAGUCCACAGGAGGCCGACGCUUCAGAGUCUCCGAAGAUCACAGAAGAGCCUUUGAAGGUCAUAGAAGAGUCUCAGAAGGUCACAGAAGAGCAUCCAAAGGUCACAGAAGAGCAUCCAAAGGUCACAGAAGAGUCUCAGAAGGUCACAGAAGAGUCUCAGAAGGUCACAGAAGCUCCCCCACAGGCAGAGCAGAUGCAAAACGAUGCACAGUCACAACAGAAGCAGAACGCACCAGACGACCUGCCGAACAAAACGGCAAAGCCAGCAGCUAAAACAGCCAAAGCUAAGGCCAAAGCUGCUCCGACGGCAAAGACCAAAGCUGGAAGCCCGGCGAAGGCCAAAACAGCAGCCAAAGUCAAACCUGCCGCUAAAAAUGACGCAAAGCAGAAAAGUCAAGCAAAGCAGGAGGAUAAAAAGAAAACAAAACCCGCCGCCAAACAGACAGUAAAAGCCUCCUCAAAGAAGAGCGCCGCAUCAGACUCUCAGAGCGGCAAGGAGGAGCUGUGAUCUUUAGGGGGAAUUUCUGUAGGUCAAAUAAAUAAUAAUGACUUUUUUUAUCUGCUGAAAAUCUGUUCAGCACAUUCCAACAAAAAGAUUUUGUCAUAAAAUGUUUUAAUGUGAGAUGAGUCUUCUCCCAGAGUUUUGAAAUAAAAAACAAAGUUUCUAAA